AUGUCCAACGUUCCCCCGAACCCGUCCGGCCUCUCGGCCAAGGUGAACAAGAAGCGCAAGAGACAGGCGGAAGAAACUCCCAAGGAAGAUGAACCUGCACCGGCCAAAUCUACCAAUAAUGAUACCUCGGAGGCAGCUGAGGGCCCUCGAAAGAAAAAGAAGAAGAAUUCCAAGAACAAACAGAAGCAACAAAAGAAAAAAGAGCAGGACGAUGAUCCCAAGCAGCAGGAGCGCAAAGGCGGCAUCGACGAGUCUAUCGGCAAGAUGGACGGCAGGUUGCUGGCUGAUCACUUUGUCCAGAAGGCGAAGAGACAUAACAAGGAGCUGACUGCGGUUGAAUUGGGUGAUCUGAGUGUUCCAGACUCGGCAUUCCUCGACACAUCCGCUUUCGAAUCACCCAGAUCGCUAGACCAGCUUCCGGCGUUUCUCAAAGCUUUCAGCCCCGACAAGGGAUCUGGGCUUUCAAAGGCAUCGGAGCAAAAGGGCACGCCGCAUACGCUAGUGGUAUGUCCCGCUGCGCUUAGAGCAGCUGAUGUGGUGAGGGCUCUCCGUACGUUCCAGAGCAAGGAUUCGACAGUCGGCAAGUUGUUCGCAAAGCACAUCAAGCUCGAGGAAGCAAAACAGUUCUUGGAGCGCGCACGAACAGGCCUUGGAGUCGGUACCCCCGCCCGAAUUUCAGACUUGAUCGACGCUGGGAGCCUCAAAUUGGACGAACUAGAGCGUAUCGUGAUUGACGGAUCCUACAUUGACCAGAAACAGCGUGGCAUCUUUGACAUGAAGGAAACGCAUCUCCCACUCCUCCAAUUGCUCACUCGCUCCGAGUUCCGUGAGCGAUAUGGAGCGAAACAGAAGCGGAUUCAGAUUUUGUCACUUCUUACAAAGAAAGGCCCUUUUCGCAGCUACUCCGAGCAUAUCACACCAAAAAUGGGCGACAAGAAACGCAAGCUCGCCGAGGAAGCCAUUGCGCCUGAGGGCAAGAAGCUGAAGCAGGAAAAGGUCAAGGGAGAGCGGAAGGAAAAGAAGGAGAAAAAGAGCAAGGCGAAGGAUGUUGUUGAGGACGUAAAAACCGAGGACGUCGCAGCGCCUGCCGACAGCAAGCCGGAGAAGGAGGACAAGAAGGACAAGAAGGAAAAGAAGGAAAAGAAAGAUAAGAAGGAAAAGAAAGAGAAGAAGGAGAAGAAAAACAAAGAUGAAGUGGAGAAGCCAAGUCCUCAGACCGCAGGGGUGGAUUUAAUGGACGUCGAUGGCGAUGUAAAACCUACCGAGAAGCAGGAGGCUGAGGGCGACGAGCUCGAAAAGAAGGAGGAAAAGAAGGACAAGAAGAGCAAGAAAGAUAAGAAAUCUAAGAAGGAGAAAAAGGAGAAAGAGUCCGCAGACGAGACGCAAGAGCAACCAGAACAAUCUGCAGAGACAGCGCCUGCCGAAGAUGACUCACAACACCACCAGAAGAACGCACGUUUCAUCUGCUUCGUUGGAAAUCUCCCUUACUCCGCAACUGCCGACUCCCUCAGAAAGCACUUUGAGAAGAACCCUCCGGCCUCAGUGCGCGUAGCUACUGAGAAAGACAAACCGACCAAAUGCCGCGGAUUCGGUUUCAUCGAAUUUGACAACUAUGACCGCAUGAAGACCUGCCUGAAACUCUACCAUCACUCCAUGUUCGAUGAUGGGAAAUAUCCCGCUCGGAGAAUCAAUGUCGAAUUGACGGCCGGCGGCGGUGGCGGUAAAUCUGAGCAUCGCAGAGCCAAAAUCGAAGCCAAGAACAAGAAGCUCAACGAGGAGAGACAACGUCAAGCCAAGGAUAUCCAAAAGGAGAAGACGACGACGAAGAAGACUCAUUCUAAAGAGAACGAGGACCAGGGCGCCGAUCAGUGGGCUGGUAUUCACCCCAGCCGAAGAGCCCGUAUGGCGUAA